AUUUGCGACAAAGAGUGGCAUUACUAUGUUGUCAAUGUUGAGUUUCCCGUUGUUACGUUAUACAUGGACGGAACAACCUAUGAACCUUACCUGGUGACCAACGAUUGGCCUAUCCACCCCUCGCACAUUGCCAUGCAGCUCACGGUUGGUGCUUGUUGGCAAGGAGGUGAGGUCACCAAGCCCAGAUUUGCUCAGUAUUUCCAUGGCAGCCUGGCCAGUCUUACGAUCCGGCCAGGCAAGAUUGAGAGUCAGAAAGUGAUUUCCUGUUUGCAGGCCUGCAAGGAAGGUCUGGAUAUUAAUUCUCUUGAGAGUCUUGGCCAAGGAAUAAAGUAUCACUUCAAUCCUUCCCAGUCAGUCCUUGUCAUGGAAGGAGACGACAUUGAGAAUAUAAAUCAAGCUCUCCGAAAGGUCUCAUACAUCAACUCUAGACAGUUUCCUACUGCAGGCGUACGACGUCUCAAAGUCUCAUCUAAAGUCCAAUGUUUUGGUGAAGAUGUCUGCAUUAGUAUCCCAGAUAUAGAUGCGUAUGUAAUGGUGUUUCAGGCCAAUGAGCCCAAGAUUACAAUUAGUGGGAUGGACCACUUUGCUAGACCGGCCGCACAGUUCGAAAGUGCAAGAGGUGUUGUGUUGUUCCCUGACAUCAGGAUUGUCAGCACCGUCACUAAAACGGAGCAUCCAGUGGACUUAAAAGAACACGACAGAGCCAAGAAGCCAGUGGUGUUAGAAGAAAUGCUCCACAACUUGGAUUUCUGUGAUAUUUUGGUGAUUGGAGCAGAACUAGAUCCUGAACAAGAGUGUUUAGAACUAGAUCGCGUGGCGCUUCAAGGGAAACAUCUAGACGCCACAAAUUCCACAGCAGGAUAUUCAAUCUACGGUGUGGACAGCAUGCACAACUAUGAACAGGUUCUUCGGCAGAUUCGCUAUCGCAACUGGUACACUUCUGCCACCUUUGACAGAAAGUUCAAAGUCAAGUGCUCAGAACUAAAUGGACGUUACGCUAGCAACGAAUUUAACUUGGAGGUUAAUAUUCUACACAGCUCCAACUCCAUGGACCAUGCAAGCCAUAUGAUAGUACAACCGCAAUUUCUCCAGUCUGUCCACCACCCAGAAGAAAGCGUCAGUGCUGUUCACAACUCAGUUGUUCCCAGUGUGGCUACUGUUGUUAUCAUAAUCUGUGUGAGCAUCCUCAUUUUCAUCAUAACCUUGGGGGUGUACCGAAUCCGGACAGCUCACCAGCACAGCUCUGCAGACAGCGAGGGAAGUAAAGAAAAUGAGAUGGAUUGGGAUGAUUCUGCCCUGACCAUUACCGUCAACCCCAUGGAGAAAUAUGAAAAGCCUCACCAGGCAGAAGAGGAGAGCGAGGAAGAAGACAUGGAAGAUGAAGAGGAAGACACGACCAGUGCUGAAUCAGAUGAAAGCGAAGAGGAGGAAGAAGAGGAGGAGGAGGAAGAGGAAGUGAUUGUCCAAAAGCGAGACAAACAGAGUGCCACCAGGCAAGAGCAGUUGGAGUGGGAUGAUUCCACGCUCUCGUACUAA